AUGGCCGAACUCCCAACUCCUCCAGCAUCCCGCCAGAGCUCUGAAUCACCAGAGCUUCAGCUCAAGCAGUCUCACGAGGCCGGGUCCUCUGCCAAAACCUUAGAAUUGCUGGACCAUUCUCUGGAAAGAUAUCUUCUACUCCUGGAUCAGCACCAGAAACUGCAGGCAGAUCUCGCCAAAAAAUUAUCUUCGGGAUUCUUCUCCCUUGCGCAUGCGAAUUACACGUGUCCGCCCGGUCGACGAUAUGGCGCUGAUUACUAUGACGAGCGUAUGAAGGCGAUUAGGAAAAUGGCAAUACGAUCUCCUCCAUGCGCCGAAAAACAAAAGAAUAUGAACGGGAUCUUCGCGAUUGAUGAGACCACGAACGACCAGCGAGUCGAGGAGCCAGAAACGAGCAAAGACAAGGAAGAGGCCGACACGGAAGUCGACAAUACGCGACAAGUUAGCCCGAGUGCAACAUCAGAAUCCGACUCCUCAAAAGAGCGGCCUCGCUUUUCUGACCCUAUCCAUUGGUACGGUAUCUUGGUUUCCCCUUCUCUUCGCAGCGCCCAAAGGACUUUCACGGAAGCUGUAGAGCAAUAUUUGCCCAAGCUGGCCAGUGUGGUUGUGGAGAUGCAGACUGUGGAGAGAGAGGUCGAGCGACUGCGAAGUCAACUACGAUGA